CUCACUCGUUCUUUACUCUAACAAUGGCGGCGGAGAGAUCAACAACGAUUACUCUCGGAGGCAAAGGCUCCUCCUUUACUUCAUCCUCCGUCCACAAAAUCGCUUCCGGCAUCGCCAACGUACAAAUCGACUCUUCCGCCAUCGAGAGAUUCUCCACAAAACCCCUCCCACUGAUCAAAAGAACCUCCUUUGGCACCAUCCCCGAAGGCUUAACCACCGAAGAGAUCCGAGCUUCUCUCGCCGUUCUCUUAAACAAGCUUCUCAUAUCAAACUCCGGUUCGGUCCGGUCUACUCUUCCGGUUAAGAUCUUGGAGUUUUUAAACUCAAAGGCCGAGACUUUCGAGUUCGGUGAGAUCGAUGAAGUGACGGAAAGUGAGAAUGCUGUUUUGGAGAAGUCUUGUGCUUCGUUGGUGGGUUUAUGUUCGGUUAUAGAUUACAAGGCGACGACUUUGUCACAGAUUGUUGACUCUGUUGCUGCUUUGAGCUGUGAAGGGACGAAAAGUGACGUGUCUUCGUUUAGUUCGUUGGAUUCUGGAGAUGGGUUUGGUAAUAAAGAUGCGAUUAGUGUCGCUGGUGAUCUCAAGGCUUUGCUUAAUGGGUCUAAAGCUGUGGGGAAAGUUGCGGUUGAGGAGGUUUCGAAGAUUCCGAGGGUUCACGGGAAGUUUAGAGAGGUUGUGAGGAGUGUGCAUUCGGAGGCUCGUGUUGAGUUGAAUAGUGGUGUUAAAGGAGGUAACUCUGGGAUUGGUGAGGCUUUGGGAACGACGUUGUUGGGUUUGGCUAUGUCGGUUAAAAGCUUGGGUGAGUGUUCGUUCCUUCGUGGUAAGAUGUGUUUUGAGUCUAUUGGGGAUGAGAGUUUGAAGAAAUUGCUGUUGGAGAGGAGUUGUGUUGAGUAUGAGAAGCUGAAGAGUGGUUUUAAGUCAGCUGUAGAUGAGACGGAUCCCUGCAGAUUAGCACAUAAGUUGAAUGAGUCUCUUGGGAUCUUGUGGAGUAUUGUGGGUUUGGAAGCUGCUGGUGCUUUUUUUGUACUCUCUAGUGGAGACAAAGAGGAGGCUAAGAGCGAUAAGAAAAAGAAGAAAGCAGCAGUUUUGGGGAAGGGUACAAGUGUAGUUAUCCAGUUUAUUAAAGAUAGGUUGGUUAGUAAGGAGGCAGCGAAUGGUGGUGACCAGGUGGAACAAAUCUUAAGUCUUUUUAAUCCCGAAGGUUUUGAUAGCUUGUUGGCUAAAGUGAAAGAGGUGGUAGAAAGUAAUGAAAACAGGAGACUUCCAAAGCUUCCAAAGGGUACAAGAGAUUUCUCUAAAGAGCAAAUGAUAAUCAGAGAAAAGACCUUUUCAAUCAUUCAAAAUGUUUUCAAGAAGCAUGGUGCAACUGCACUUGAUACUCCUGUGUUUGAACUUAGAGAGACACUUAUGGGGAAGUACGGAGAAGACUCUAAGCUUGUCUACGACAUUGCUGAUCAGGGUGGAGAGCUUUGUUCCUUACGAUAUGAUUUAACAGUUCCAUUUGCACGGUUUGUAGCUAUGAAUGGUCUCGUCUCAUACAAAAGAUACCAAAUAGCUAAGGUGUACAGAAGAGAUAAUCCAUCGAAAGGGAGAUACAGAGAGUUUUAUCAGUGCGAUUUCGAUAUCGCUGGUUUGUCUGAACCAAUGGGACCUGAUUUCGAAGUGGUCAAGAUUUUAACUGAGCUUCUUGAUAAAUUGGAGAUUGGAGAGUAUGAGGUGAAACUGAAUCACAGAAAGUUGCUUGAUGGAAUGCUGGAGAUAUGUGGAGUACCAGCUGAGAAAUUCAGAACCAUCUGCUCGAGUAUUGAUAAACUAGACAAGCAAUCAUUCGAGCAAGUUAAGAAAGAAAUGGUGGAGGAGAAAGGUUUGUCUUCAGAGAUUGCAGACAGAAUUGGCGGUUUUGUCAAGGAGAAAGGAGCUCCUAUGGAGUUAUUGACUAAACUGAGAAAAGAAGGGAGCGAGUUUUUAGGUAACAAGUCAGCAAAAGAAGCUCUUGAUGAGUUGAGUAUCAUGUUUGAAGCUCUUGAGAGGUCAAAGUGCAGUCACAGGAUAGUCUUUGAUCUAAGUCUAGCAAGAGGUCUUGAUUACUACACGGGAGUCAUCUUUGAAGCCGUUUGUAAAGGAGCAGAGGUUGGAUCAAUAGCUGCUGGUGGGAGAUAUGAUAACCUUAUAGGAAUGUUUGGAACCAAACAAGUACCUGCGGUUGGUAUGAGCUUGGGGAUUGAGCGUGUGUUUAACAUCAUGGAAGAUCAACAAAAACAGGGAGUACGAGCUCCGAGUAAACUUACGGAGACGCAGGUUUUGGUUAGUGUAAUGGAGGAUAACAAGCUAGGUGAAGCUGCAGAGCUGGCUAGUAAGCUAUGGGAAGCUGAUAUCAAGGCAGAGUAUCUUGUGAGCAAAAGGUUUACAAAGCAUUUUGAUCGUGUUAAGAAUUCAAAGAUCCCUUGGAUGGUGGUUGUGGGCAAAAAGGAACUCAGUGAAGGUGUUGUGACACUGAAGAAGAUGGUGGAGGGAAGUGAGGAAGAGAUUAAAGAUGUUCCUAGAGACAGUUUCGUUGAUGAACUGUUGAAGCGUCUCUGAGUUGGAAGUAGAGAUCAAAGUUAAAUACUCACUCGCUCGCUCUCUGGUUCGAUUAUCAGAAACUGAAAGGAUAUGAUGAUCACAUUUUGUUGCAUUUUUAUUUUUACAUUAAGCUUUUUCAGAAUGAUAUUUUUGAUGGCAAAAAGUAUUACUCAAAUUGAUUGAUCUGGACGUAGAUGUGAUUGAGUUUGCUAGGUGAAUAGCCGACCAAUGAUUAAGAUUUAAUCUUAUAGAACUA